GAGGCCUCUUUGAAAGAACGUUUGGCUCUGAAUGAUCGAUUAGUUAAAACAUUGGAAAAAGGAGUUUUUUCUUUUCUAGAGACCUUACACGAGGAACCCACUGAAAAAGCCCAACAUCACCUUGAAACCUUACUCAUUUCUUUGAACAAUUACAAAACAACGCUUGAACGUCACCCGCCAAUUCAAAUUGCUAACGAAAAGGAAAUUAGCGUUUAUGAAGACUUCAUUAACAAUACCGUGGGUGUGCAAAGCCAGGCAAAAGAAGAUAUAGUCUCUUUGCGAGAAGAGCUCUCUAAAGCUCAGAAAGUGAGGAAUCAAAAACUAGAAUACGACCGUGUAGCAAGAGAUAUAAUGAAAUAUGAAACUAGAAACACAUACAAACAAUCAAUAGAUUCCUUACAAGACGAGAUUAAUCUAUUAGAAAGAGAAAAAGCACGGAGAUAUGAGGCAUACGAACGCCGUAAGUUGAACUUAUCAACUUUGGUGAACACUUUAACCAACCUACAGCAAUCUGUGGAAGAGGAACGUAAUAAUCUUGAUGAAGAUCAAAGGCGCUUUAUGGAUAUGGAAAGGGGCUAUGUCUCAUCUGAUGACGAAGGUGACAUGAACGCAUUAUCAGAUAACGAAGAUGAGACAAUCAAAGAAGAGGAGCCGGCACCUGCUGCCUUCAAUAGGUUUCAGGAUAGACGUAAUGACGAAGAUGAUGAGGAUGACGAAGAAGGCAUUGUACUCGAUACGCCUAUGACUUCAACCAUGAAUGAAACAGCAUAA